UGUAGAACGCGAUAACUCUUUUGCCGCUUCUUUCUUCCUCAGCUCUCUCUCCGUCUCUCAUGGCCUCCAUUUCCGCGAGCUUAUUCACUUCCUAUGCUAUAGUUCGCCCAAACAGUCGCAAGCAGUCUAAGAGAAAGCCCCUUCGAAUUCCUAACCCUAAGCCCAAGUUCAACACCCAAUCCAGUCGGUACAAGUCCCCGCCCGAGCCCGUCGUUCUCUCCGCCGGCGAAGCCACCACCUACUCUCGCCUCCCUCCCAAGGAGGACUUCUUAGUCCCCUCUUUGAAUCCCUCGUCCGAAGUGAAGCUCUCGGAAUCGGCCGUACCGAAAAUAGAGAACCAAAUUGGGGAUUUGAGCAGCGAAGAAGAAGAGGAAGAAGGCGUGGAAAAUGGUGAUUUAGGGCUUAAUGAGAAAUUUGAAAUAUUUGAGGGUAAUUCUGAUUUGGAACACGACGAGGAGAUCGACGACGAUGAUGGUGAAGAAGAAGAUGAAGCAGAAGAGAAAAAAGUGUUGGGGUUUACGGGUCGCAAAAGUGUAUAUAGGUAUCGUAGUGAUGGAAAUUACAAAGGAAUAGUGAAGGAGCACGGAGUUUCAGCGAAACUCUACGUGUUCGGUGACGAUGAUGACGAGGACGAGGACGACGAUGAUGGGGAAAUGCCAGGGUUUGACCGUGGCCAAUCCGUGAAUGCUUCCGAUGAAGAGGGCGAUUGCGUUAAGGAGAAGGGAGUACCGGCGGUGAUGCGGUGCUUCGACCGUGCGAAGAUAUACGUGAAGGCCGGAGACGGUGGAAAUGGCGUGGUGGCUUUCCGGCGCGAGAAGUUUGUGCCAAUGGGCGGCCCGUCGGGCGGGGACGGAGGGCGAGGCGGAAAUGUGUAUGUAGAAGUCGAGGGUUCGAUGAAUUCGCUAUUGCCGUUCCGGAACAGCGUUCAUUUUCGGGCGGGUAGGGGGGCCCAUGGGCAGGGGAGGAUGCAGGGAGGGGCCAAGGGAGAGGACGUGGUGGUAAAGGUGGCGCCAGGGACGGUGAUCAGGGAGGCGGACAAGGAGGAGGUGUUGUUGGAGUUGUUGUGGCCGGGGCAGCGAGCGCUGCUGUUGCCCGGUGGGCGAGGUGGUAGGGGGGGUGGUAGGGGGAACGCGUCGUUUAAGUCCGGGGCAAAUAAGGUGCCAAGGAUCGCUGAAAAUGGCGAAGUUGGUCCGGAAAUGUGGUUGGAGUUGGAGCUAAAGCUGGUUGCAGAUGUUGGAAUAGUGGGUGCUCCAAAUGCAGGAAAAAGCACACUUUUGAGCGUGAUAAGUGCUGCACAGCCAGCAAUAGCAAAUUAUCCCUUUACAACCUUACUUCCUAAUCUGGGUGUAGUUUCAUUCGACUAUGAUUCCACAAUUGUAGUAGCAGAUCUGCCAGGUUUACUUGAAGGAGCACACCAGGGUUUUGGUUUAGGUCAUGAAUUUCUACGGCAUACUGAAAGGUGUUCUGCCCUGGUACAUGUUGUUGAUGGCUCAGGACCACAGCCGGAACUUGAGUUUGAUGCCGUUCGUCUAGAGCUGGAACUCUUUAAUCCUGAACUUGCUGAAAAGCCUUACAUAGUGGCCUAUAACAAAAUGGACCUUCCAGAAGCAUACGAAAAGUGGCCAUCAUUCAAGGAAAUGCUACAAGCUCGUGGGAUUGAACCUUUUAGCAUGAGUGCAGUGAAAAGAGAGGGCACUCAUGAGGUGAUCUGUGCUGCGUAUGAGCUUUUACGAAAGAGUAAAAGAGAAAAACAGGAGCUUGAAGGUUUGAAAAAUCUGGAAAAUUUGAAUCAUGUAGCUGAUAUGGUACAUAAACAACGCAGUGCCUCUAUUAAUGAGUUUGAGAUCUUUCACGACAGCAGUUCUAAUACUUGGCGUGUAAUUGGAUCUGGUUUGGAACGUUUUGUUCAGAUGACAAACUGGCGGUACGUGGACUCUGACAAAAGAUUUCAACAUGUUCUUGAGGCUUGUGGUGUGAAUAAGUCUCUCAUGAAACUUGGCAUCAAGGAGGGUCACAUAGUGAUUGUUGGAGAGAUGGAGAUGGUGUGGCACGAUUCCACCCACAGUUCUGGUCCCUCAACUGUGAAGAAGGAAUCAUCUGAAUCGAUCAAAUGGGCUAAGUGGAAGUAACUCAGCUUUAUUUUGUUGCUGUUAAUUGAUGUUGGUAAUGGCAGUCUGUAGCAGUUGUGAAAAUGAGGUGCUGUGCUAGACAAUGGGCAGAUGAUGCUGGGCGCUACGAAUUUUACUGAUAUGAGGGAUGUCUUAGUUGAAAGCAUUCUGAGUGGCUAGAAGAACCACAAGUGUAACGCAGAUGACUCACCACGUGGCAUGAUAGCACAUUUUCAAGUGAUUAUUCACAAAGCAAGAUAUUUGAAGCUGUCACUUUGAUAGUUUAUUCUUUGCAAUGCAGUAAACACAUGCACAGGCAGAUACAGGAUGGACAUCCAUACACCAUUAGCGGAGUAAUGCAGUUUUAAAUGACGAAGUUGCUUGAACGCACUUACAUUUCAAAUCUAAUGAGCAUCCUUGAAAGGUUGGUAAUUUUUUGCCUAAGCGCAUUGUUUUGAUUGAUUAUAAAACAUAAUAUGUAUGCGUAUGCACUUGAGUGAUUCAAUUUCUUUUAUUUUAUUUUGGUGUAAACAUGGUUUAAUUUCUUUAGUAUAAUCAAUGAAUCAGCUAAGUUUCCGCUCAA